AUGUCGGGUAUUCCGCUCGGUGUGGGAGGUCCGCCUCCUCCCGGUAUGGAUACAAAACGUGGACGACUCGUUUGUAUCAAAGUCCGGAUGUUGGACGAUAGUGUUGCUGUGUUUCAUCUUGGACACAAAGCACUUGGUCAAACGCUACUGGAUGAGGUGGCCAGGCAUUUAAAUCUACUUGAAAAUGAUUACUUCGGUUUGGAAUGUAUUGACAAUUCGGGAUGCCAUUGUUGGUUGGAUGCGGACAAGCCGAUUUUACGACAAAUCACCUCACAUAGUACGGAUGCAAAAUUCUAUUUUAUUGUAAAAUUCUAUACACCAAAUCCAAUCGAUCUUGAAGAAGAAUACACGCGGUACUUGUUAACGCUUCAAAUUCGACGUGAUUUGUCAAUGGGCGAAUUACAUUGUGCCGAGACAACAGCUGCCUUGUUGGCUGCAUACCUUGUGCAGUCUGAAUGUGGCGAUUUCUCUGCUGAAGACUAUCCAGAUGCCACGUAUCUCUCACAUUCACGUUUCAUUCCUCAUCAAACUAUUGAAUUUCAACAGAAAGUCAUGGAAAAUCAUAAAAACUUGAUAGGAAUGAGCCCUGGUGAAAGCGACUUUGCAAUGCUCGAAGUGGCACGGCGAUGUGAUUUCUAUGGCAUCAAAUUACAUCCAGCAAAGGAUAUAGAAGGUACGGAAGCACGUCUGGCUGUUCUUCAUCUAGGAAUCAAAGUCUACCAUCAAUUACAAUGUGUUUCAACGUUCUCAUGGGCAAAGAUCCGUAAGCUCAGCUUUAAGCGAAAGAAACUUCUGGUGAAAUUACACCCUGACAGCUAUCAGUACUAUAAGGAAACGAUUCAAUUCAUUUUCGAUUCACGAAAUGAAUGUAAAUCUUUCUGGAAGAAAUGCGUUGAACAUCACGCGUUUUUUCGUUGUUCUGCCGCUGACAAUACUCGAAAAGACAAUCGACUAUUCAGUAAAGGAUCAUCGUUCAGAUAUCACGGACGAACUCAAAAGCAACUCAUAGACUACGUUCGAGAACAUCACAAGCGUAGAGAACCUUUUACGAGGCCUUUGCGUUCGGCCGCGUCUCCACGUUGUGGACCACCGUUUGCCGUCUAUUCCAUGGUGUCCGAUCGGAAGAAAAACGGUGGUGCCCACGUCUCCUUACCUCAUCUUCCGAAUCAGACGCAUACAAUCGACAAUGCAGGUACAUUAGAUGCGCGAGGACAUCGUCACGAAAUCGAAUGUGCUGAGCGCCAGAAGCAUCGAGCGCGACAAAAAAUCCCCGCAAAAGAAUCGCAUGACAAAGAGAACGUGUCCCUAUCACUACCGAAUGUCCUUAGUGAUGAUUUACAAGUUGUUUGUAGAGAAUUAGAAGUCGAAAACACCGAUCCGCCAAAAUCAUUGUCUGGUGAUAAUUUUAAUACGAUACGACCCGAUUAUGAUAAUAUUAGUGAGGAUUCGUAUCGAUUAUCUGAUCAUGAACGAUCCACAAAAUCCGAUGUCGGUGUGCCGUCGUCGUCGUCACGACCAACGACGGCCAGUACAAACUUUGCAACAAAACGUGUAGGUAGUAAUGUAGUAGUAAAACGUGUGAUCUCACAAACUAAAUCCACACCACAUUCAACAGACGAAGAGGACUCAUCGAGUAAUGCGCCAACGACAUCAUCUACUAGUCGACGGCAUCUGAAGGAAUACCCGUUUAAUUCCACAAACUUUGUACCCAUUGAAAUUGAUGGUCCUAAUGUGGAUAUAUCAGUACGACGAAGUACGGGACCAAUUUAUACCUCAACGGGAGCGCUAUUGUUAAAGCCGAAGGUUAUUUCUAUACACGAAAGCGAUUACUCAACAGUAAAAGUUGUUCCUGAUCCUACCGCUCCUGGCUCUUCCUCUGCAGUACCACCAGCACCUGUGAUCCCCCCGAAAGUUGACGUGCAACCGAAAGUUGAGUACGGCGCAAAGCGACCGCUUCCUGGGAGAAUCAUUACAAAAGAGAACAUGGUGAUCACCCCUAAUGGCGUUAAAGAAAGGGGUCCGAAGCCAGCUGUGAUGCCCAAACCUAUAAAAGCCGUUCUUCCACAGCACGCUGUUCCUCCGAAUACUGCUGCCGCUUCAGAAGAUCAUCCAGUUGUGCAUUUAAUGGAACAAACGUCAUCAGCGACAUCUUCAAAGGAUGAACCGGAUCAAGAGCCAAAGUCCGAGCCCAUCACAAGAGCUCCUCCAACUCGUCCGAAAUUGAUAUCAGUGAAGAGUGAGGAUAGUCCAAACGUGGAGAAAUGUCAUCUGUUCAACAGUGAGAUUCCAUAUACGCUUACGCUUCGGAAGGUGGAUAGCGCUGAAUCGCUGUCCUUUCCCACUUUUAAGGAUCGACAUCGAGAUUUCGACACGAGUUCCCUGAGAAGACUUUCCAAAAGCCCGGAUCAGUUCAAACGGCGAAAAUCGUUAGACCUGGUUCCACGGAAACGCUUGCCAUCGCCUAGGAAUUUCUCCUCACAAGAUCAUUCCAUUUCGCCUACCACGCCCGAGGGAAAUGUCCUCGAUUACGUGAUGAAACAUCGUUCGCUGAGCCAUGAGCGAACAGAAAAACGCGGAAAACGUGGAGAUGUUCGACGACAAACCCAACCGGUACGAUUUGAUCUGCCACCAAGUCCAUGUUCGCCAACUGUUAGUGGAAGUACACCGUUCAUCAGUUGUCUUAAUGAUGAUGUCGUCGAUGACAGCGUCUCCGAAUCAAGAAGCCUUCAUGAUGAGAUGGAAAAGCUCGAAAAUGCUCCCAGUGCCAGUUCCAUGGAUCAGAAAGACGACUCAGAAGGCAGCGAAUCUUUGCCCCCGCCACCGCCGGAGGCUGUGAUUCCAAAACCACCUCCACCUCCACCUCCACCAAAACCGAAGGCGAUUUCGGAUCAAGUGGCCGAGAUGAAGACGUCAGUGAUCAUGACAUCCGUUGUAAAAACGCCAUCCACUGAAGGCUCAUCGAAUCCACCGCCAAAGUCGGACGAGCAAAAUACGCCUUUCAUCGACGAAUCACCAAAAGGCUCAGAUGAAAUGUUGCCGGUUUCUCGUCGAACAGAAACGGGAUUACUCUGGACAGACUUCUAG